AUGGAGACCUCCUCUGGAGGGAACUACUACGCGUUACUGGACCCAGGAGAUUAUAAUCAUAAAUCUCCUACCCAGAAACGGAAGAAAAGUGAUAUAAACAUUAAUAGUAAUUCUUCUUUCCCACUACUGGGUCAGAAAACUCCCCUAUUUAAAGUUCAGUGCCCCAAAUAUGUAACAAUUAAAAGUGCAGUGCCGGAAAAGCCAAUCAACAACUACGAUAUAUUUCUUGUGUCAAAAGCACUCGAAAAUAUUUGUGCUGAACCGCCGCAACAAAUCUCAUUUACCCGUGACGGGAAUUUGUUAGUGCUCACUAAAAACGACACACAAGCCAACAAAUUUCUUAAAGCAAAAAACCUGGUUAGUGUCUGUCCGAUAAUAUCAGAACUACAUCCAACAUUAAACACCGUAAAGGGUGUAAUAUUUACACCUUCAUUGAGAUCCCUUUCCGAUAAAGACAUCGUUGAAGGCCUUAGAGACCAAUCAGUAACAGACUGUCAAAAGAUUAAAAAAGUGGUUAAGGGUGAGCUUGUUAACACCUCACUGCAUAUUUUAUCUUCCAAUAGGUAUGAAAUUCCCAAGGAAAUAAAGAUCGGUUUUCUUGUCUGUAAGGUCGACCCAUAUAUACCAGCACCUAUCCAAUGUAAAAAUUGCUUCAAAUUAGGCCACACCAAAAAACAUUGCAAGGAGAAUAUUGAAAAAUGCGAAGUUUGCAGUGAAAAUAUUCACGAUCCUACCAUGUGCAAAAUGCAUUAA